CUCUGUUCUGCUACAUCAGCUGAUUGUUAGGACCAUUUUCAUUUUCUGUGAUAAUCUGUUAAACAAUUAAAAUGGGUUUCGGUGAUUAUCCUGCGGAAUAUAAUCCUAAAGUUCAUGGUCCUUACGAUCCCGCAAGAUAUUAUGGAAAGCCUGAUACACCUUUUGGGCAAGUUAAGCUGGGAGAAAUAUCCUCUUGGCUGAUGAGGCGUAAUAAAAAUCCUUCAGCUUUUAUGGGAGUUUGCAGUCGAGCUUGGUGGAGAUGGCAGCAUAAGUACGCCCAGCCAAAGAGGGCUGGUGUAGCCGCAUACAUGCAACUCAGUCUUGCUUCUAUCGCAUUUUUCUAUGUCCUCAACUACAAGAGGAUGAAGGCUCACCGCAGAUACGAACUACAUUAAAUUGGUUGAUCCAGUUGUAGUAGAAUGGCUUACUGAAAGGUCCUCGUUGAUGGUCCUCAGAAUUUUGAAAUGGAGACAAAUUGAUAUUGUUUCAACUUAUUUAAUAAUAAACAACAAAUAAUUUUCAUUUUGUCACUUCAUAUAUAUAUAUACAAUUGUUUAGUAAAAUUCUAAGAAUUAAGCUUUAGUUGUCUGUAUAUCUUCCUAAAAUUAAUUUCUCCUUAAUAUAAUUGUUGAUUAUCAAUAAAUCUAAUGUACAAUGUACUGAAGAUACACAUGAUCUUUCCUUAUAAUUUCUCUAAAUUAUAUCUUCUUUAUACUUGAUUCUCUUCUAUAUACUUGAUUCUUUCUUUAUAUUUUUUUUCCAUAACACUAUAAAUAUAACAAAAAUGUGACACAAUUACCUGAAUAAAAUCUUAAUUAGAAAACCUGUUUACGAUUAAAAUCACUGUAAUCAUAAUCUAU